AUGCGGGUCACGCCGGCCCCGCUCCCGGCGCUGCUGCUGCUGCUGCUGCUGGCGCUGCUGCUCGUGGGAGAGCCCUGGGCUCGCGCGCCGUCGAGCCGCGCCGCCUCCUGCCGCCAGCAGCAGCCGCCGCCGCCGCCCCACCGCCGGCUCAGCGGGCGCGAGAAGCGGGAGAUGCAGCGCGAGAUCCUGGCGCUCCUGGGCCUUCCGGGCAGGCCGCGGCCCCGAGCGAGGCCCGCGUCGCCCUCCCGGCCGGGCGCCGGCGCCGCCCGCCAGCAGCCGCCCUCUGCCGCGCCGCUCUUCAUGCUGGACCUGUACCGCGCCGCCGCCAGCCAGGACGACGAGGGCGAGCGCGAGGGCGAGCUGGGCGGCCCCUGGAGCCUGGCCUGGGCGCGCGGCCUUCCGCGGAGCAGCGCCGCCGACGGCGCGGACACCGUCAUGAGCUUCGUCAAUCUGGUGGAGCUGGACAGAGAUCUCUUCCACCCGAAGCCUUACUGGAAAGAGUUCCGAUUUGACUUGACCCCGAUCCCAGCGGAGGAGGCAGUAACAGCAGCUGAAUUCCGAAUUUACAAGAUGCAGAGCUUCAGCUGGCAUGGCAACCAAACCCUUCACAUCAGCAUCCACGAGAUCGUGCAAGAACACCGCAACAGGGAGUCAGAGCUGCUCUUCUUGGAUCUCCAGGACUUCCAAGCCCAAGCGGAGGGCUGGCUGGUGUUUGAUAUCUCAGCUGCCAGCAACCACUGGCUGUUGAACCGCAGAUACAACUUGGGUUUGAGACUUUAUGUGGAGACAGAAGAUGGGCAGAGCAUCGAUCCUGGACUAGCAGGCUUCCUGGGCCGCCACGGACCACGCUCCAAGCAGCCCUUUGUGGUGACAUUUUUCCGGGCCAGCCCAAGCCAGUCCAGGACCCCGCGAGCAGCCAGACAGCUGAGGAAGAGGCAGCACCAGAAGACGAAGCACCCCUCCCACGCAAACAGGCUCCCGGGGUCAUUCGAUGACGGCCGCGUUCCCGAAGGGAGGCAGGUGUGCAGAAGGCACGAGCUUUAUGUCAGUUUCCAGGACCUUGGAUGGCUGGACUGGGUGAUUGCCCCCCAGGGCUACUCGGCGUUCUAUUGCGAAGGAGAGUGCGCCUUCCCCUUGGAUUCCUGCAUGAAUGCCACCAACCACGCCAUCCUGCAGUCUCUGGUCCACCUGAUGAAGCCGGAAGCGGCCCCCAAGGCCUGCUGUGCCCCCACCAAGCUCAGUGCCACCUCCGUGCUCUACUAUGACAGCAACAACAACGUCAUCCUCAAGAAGCACCGCAACAUGGUGGUGAAAACGUGUGGCUGCCACUGA